UCCAAUCCAGUGUAAGAAGAUCACUAAUUUCUCCAAUACAAUGGCUUUCUCGCAAAUGCAAAAAAUUUCAGCAUUUCGUUUCCUCCUAUGCAUGGUAGUAAUUUCAUUUUCAUCAGUACCCCAUGCAGAAGCUGCAAUCUCAUGCAACACAGUGUACUCUAAGCUAGUGCCCUGCCUCAGCUACCUCAUGGGAGGUAGCAAACAGGCAUCGCCAGCUGGCUGUUGUAGCGGGAUUAAGUCCCUCUACACAGCCGCUAGCACCACCGCUGACCGACAGGAGAUGUGUACCUGCCUGAAAUCAGGGGCAGCAAGUCUUGGCAGCAGUAUUGAUACUAACAAAGCUGAAACACUUCUUAGCAAAUGUGGUGUCACUGUUCCUUACAAGAUUAGCCCCAACAUUGACUGCUCUACAAUCCAGUAAAUUCUAUUUAUAUCACUCAAUGUAAGAUGUGCUCUCUAGUCUUGAAGAGCACUACUUUCUGUUUAUGAUUGAAUAAGUUGGUUGAAGCGGCAUG